UGCCAUCAACAAACAGAAGGACAUCUUAGACAGAUGGAGAUUGUAGCAUCACAUACAUCAAUGUUCAUUGAUGGAUAUUCUGGAGAGUUUGAAUCAAAGUUUAUGAAGUUGUUGGCGAGGAGAUAUCCAACGACAAAGGUGGCAGCAAAUCAGGUAUAUAAUGAGUAUAUUAAGGAUAGGACUCAUAUACAUAUGAAUGCAACACAAUGGUCGUCACUGUCAGAGUUUGUCAAGUACUUGGGCAGAGAGAGCAAGUGUGUGGUAGAGGAGACGCCCAAGGGAUGGAUGAUCACCUACAUCAACAGAGACCCAGAGACAAUGGCCAAGCAAAAGAAGGAGAAGAGCAAGGAGAAGAUGGAGAUCACUGAUGAGGAGUUCCAACGAUUGGAGAUAUACAGGCGUCUGGAGAAGUUGAACAAAGACAGCGAGAUGUUUGCCGCCAAGGAUGAAGGCGAGGCGGGUGCAGAGGGUGAAGAAGGAGGCAAAGUACCAAUACCAACAGAGGUCACUGUCGAUCAAUUGGCAAACAUUACCCCAAUGAGCUUGAAGAUGGUCAACAACAACAUCAAGCCAGAGCUGAAGGAGGCAUUGCCAUCAACAUCAAAGCCCAAUCUUUUCAAUGAUAAUUACGUCGAUGAUGAUGAAGUCAAUGUCAACGCGCCAGUCAAGAAGUCGACCAUGUCCACGAGCACAUCGACUCCAAGCGCACUCGACGAGAUCAUGGCAAGAAAUGAACGCGAGAAGAAGAUGAGAGACUUGAAACAUCAACAACAGCUUCAGAAGGAUGUUGUUGUCCGCCACGAGACAGACAAGAAAGAGAAUUGGAUUGUACGCGGAUUGAUCAUCAAGGUGAUGGACAAGGAGAGCAAGUUCUACAAGCAAAAGGGUGUCAUCACCGCUUUGGUCUCAGACUAUGUGGCCACCGUUCAGUUGUUGGACAGCAGUGGCGAGAUUGACCGCAAUGGCCCUCUGCUCAAGAUCGACCAGACUUAUCUGGAGACGGUGAUCCCGGCGUCAGGUGGCCAGGUCAGAGUGUUGCGUGGCAAAUAUCGUGGAGAGUCUGGCCAGCUCUUGGACAUCAACAUCGACAAGUUCACUGGUCGAGUUCAGCUCACCAACCUCGGUGGCGGCGGUUAUGGAACCAUCACAAUCACAGACGUGCCCUAUGAGGAUUUUUGC